CAGAAUCUUUCGGACAUUGUCCUACGCCACCUUUGCACCAGCGAUCCCAGGCGCGUUUCAGAGCCUUCGUGCGAUUGUCUGGAUCACUCUGCUGCAUGCCGCCGGCCAGACCCUCGAUCCGGCAUCUCUGCCUCGGCAGCACCCUGACGCCGUUCCUAUAUCCCUCCUUGUCCGAAGCCUGCGCGCAUUCGUUCGCCCGUCCAUUUCUCGUCGGCAGACCAUCACGACCGGUAAGAUGUAGUUCUUCCACCGCCGAGAGCGCUGGCUCUCACUCCGAAUCGCCCGACGACCAACCAUCUCAUCUCAAUCCCACGCCGGACAACUACGCGUUGACGCCCUUCGCCGACCGAUGCAUCCUGACAGUAGAAUCGGGCGCUGGUGGCCACGGCUGUGUGUCGUUCUUGCGUGAGAAGUACAUCGAGGAAGGCCCUGCCAACGGCGGAGAUGGCGGCAGCGGUGGCAACGUAUACAUACAGGCAGUGCGCGGCGAGACCUCGCUGCACAAGCUUGCACGGCGGCGGCUCCUGAAAGCGGGAAGGGGCAAGAACGGACAGGGGAAGGUGAAGGGCGGGGAGCGCGGCGCAGACGUGCUCAUCACAGUGCCCGUGGGCACCAUUGUGCGCGAGAUACUGCGGCACGACCCGAUAGCAGAGGAGAUCGCAGAGCAGGAGCGACUCGAACGCGAGCGCGGCCGCCCGCGCUGGCGCAACAAGAAGACCGAGGAGAAGGAGAGGCAGUUGGAAGAAGAUCUAGAGCAAGGCAGCUACAGGAAGGACAAAUGGCUGGUGUUCCCUGGAAUGGUACCUUCGGAACUCAAUAGACUGUCCUUCCCGCCUCUACCACCGCCACGGAAGUCGCACCUGGCCGCACUCCAACCGCAAGCUCCCAUAUGGCUUGAUUUGGAUAAGCACAUGGAAACCCCCAUGCUUCUCGCCGCUGGAGCCAUGGGCGGUCUAGGCAAUCCUCACUUCGUUCUGCCUAACCAAUACCGCCCGAUGAUGGCGACAAGGGGCGAUCCGGGCAUGAAGAUGUCGCUGCAGCUGGAACUGAAGAUACUGGCAGACCUUGGGCUUGUAGGUCUGCCCAAUGCGGGAAAGAGCACACUGCUGCGAGCAUUGAGCAACAGCCGAGCUCGCGUGGGCAAUUGGGCCUUCACGACCUUGCAGCCCAAUGUGGGCACCGUGGUCCUGGACGACCACAAGGGCCGGCCCAAGGUCAUCAAACGGGGGAGAGAUGGCUUGCUGCGCGACAACUUCACGAUUGCUGACGUGCCUGGGCUGAUCGAAGAUGCGCACCUUGACAAAGGUCUGGGUCUCGGUUUCCUGCGCCAUGUGGAAAGAGCUGCCGUUCUUGCAUUCGUCAUUGACCUGUCCGCUGGCGAUGCUGUGCAAGCUUUGAAGCUUCUUUGGCGUGAAGUAUCCGAGUACGAGACCAUGCGAGGCAAAGAGCUCAACGCCGAGACUGAGCGUCGCAUGGAUCAGAUGGUCACCUACGAGCCUCCGACCCGUCGCUCUACGCCCAGCGAACCCGCAGACAUGCUUAACUCGCCAGACUUCGACACGCCGCUCGAGCCUCUGGAGUUCAUUCCUACCACGCCCAUCUCAGCGAAGCCUUGGUUCGUGAUUGCAACGAAGGCCGACUUGCCGGGGACUCAAGAUAACUACCAGCAGCUGCAACAUUAUCUGGAGGCUGUGAACAAGAAGGCGGAACAGCACCCUAGUGGGCGCAAGAACGCUUGGAAGAAGGGCAUCCAGGCGGUCCCUGUGAGCGCCAUCAAGGCCGAGGGAGUUGAGAUUAUACCCCAGCUGGUGAUGGAUCUUCUAGAAGAAUAAGAUACCCCUCUC